AAGCGAUGCUCUUGAACCUAAACCUUCAAGAAUUCCAAUUCUGAAUAAGUCAUAUUGCGGGUUAACUGAAUCUUAUUUUGACGACCAAGAAAUUCUGAAUACUUCUGUAUUGGAAACAGAUGAAACUGAAGCAGAAAUCCAUGCUAAAGAAACUCCUAAUUGGGAUAAAUGGAUAUGGCCUUCUGGCAUUUCUGGAAAAGAAGUUCUCUAUAAAGCCAGUUCCGAAGCAGAGCAUUCACUAAUGCCAGAAAAAUUUAAUACAAUUGCAUAUAAGAGAAUAGCGAGGCCGAAAAUGACAAAUAAUCCACUUCCACCAAAAGAACCAAUCGAUACAAUAGCUGUUCAUACGAGAGAUCCUUCAACUGAUUCAGAAUCUCCUUUACUAUUAUUGCCUCCACCU